AUCUAGGCUAACCAGAGGGUUAUCAAGAGAACGACGGAAAGAGUCCGGCUCCCGUGAGAAGGGUUGCGGUGAAGUUGCCAAAUAACCAUUAAAUUGAAAAUAACGUUUUAAUCAAAUAAGCUCCUGUCGACGUGUUGUCGUCAAUACGUAUAUUUUCGAGUUAAACCAUGUCAACCCCGGCUAGAAGAAGACUUAUGAGAGAUUUUAAACGGCUACAAGAGGAUCCUCCAGCUGGUGUGAGUGGUGCCCCGUCUGAAAAUAACAUCAUGGUGUGGAAUGCUGUCAUAUUUGGCCCUGAGGGGACUCCCUUUGAGGAUGGUACUUUUAAACUCAUUGUAGAAUUCACAGAAGAAUACCCCAACAAACCCCCCACAGUACGAUUUGUGUCAAAGAUGUUUCAUCCAAAUGUCUAUGCAGAUGGCAGUAUAUGUCUAGACAUCCUACAGAAUCGUUGGAGUCCCACUUAUGAUGUCUCCUCUAUUCUCACAUCUAUCCAGUCCCUGCUCGAUGAACCAAACCCCAACAGUCCAGCCAACAGCCAGGCGGCUCAGCUGUACCAGGAGAACAAACGGGAGUACGAGAAGCGAGUGUCUGCCAUCGUAGAACAAAGCUGGAGGGACAGUUGACCUGACAAUCCCUGAUAGAUGCUCUCUCCAUUGUUAAGCUGUGUGUGCUGCAAGUUUUAGUGGAGUACCUCUUAAUUUUUGGGCCCCAAACACCUUUUUAUUUUUAAGCUUUUAUGCACUUUACCUUCAACUUCCCUUCAUAGAAUGUUCUUUUUGUUUUUUUCUUGCCCGUCAGGAGGGGUUUAUUUUCUCUAUUCCCUUCUCCACCUCUUCAUCAGGGGAAUUGUGCUGAAUCUUGCCUUGAUGUUUUUUUGUCAGUAUGGACUUGAGGGCCAUUACCCAAAAAUUCUGGUGUGUUCCGACUUGCUGUAAUCACUUUCCAUUACUAAUUAUGUUACACGUCUCCGAGGUUGCGUUGGUCGAGUCAUGGGUCCUUUUCUGUUGUGUGCCUGAUCUUUUAUGCCAGUUUGUUCUCACAAGACAGUGGGAUGACGAGCAGCCUGAGCAUCACGGACUACAAAGUAAAACAGACAUCUUUUCACCAUGUCUUUUGCUGUGUUGUGAACUGUUACAUGCAUGACAGAGUGUAUUCACGAUCCCGUUCAGUUCUCGUGUAUAUAGAGAAACCUGCAACUGAAAUUAUGUACAGAUUUUGCACUGGUUGUCCCCCAUGUCACUUUUUCCAGUACUUGUAAAUAAAAAAAAAAGGCAACUUCA